AUGUCUGCGAAACCGAAGGCCAAGUUCGAGGUCAGAGGCUACUCCGAGCACAAAUCUCCCAAGCCGGCUUCUCCCUCAGCCAGCACGAUUCUCGUCUCCCCGAACAAUGAGAUUCUGCUUCUUCACCGUGUCCAGACCUCAAGUGCAUUCCCCUCGGCGCAUGUCUUUCCUGGUGGCAACCUCGAACCCAGUGACGGGGACGUGCCCAGUGACCCCAAGGACGUGAAUCGGCAUCUGGAAAACAUCGCCUACCGCACCGGCGCGAUCAGGGAGCUGUUCGAGGAGACGGGGAUAUUAUUGGCUCGCGAAUCCAGUACCGCAGAAUCGCUACUCCCCGUCAGCACGGCCGUAAGGAAGGCCGGUCGCGAGGCGGUGCACAAGGGCAAGAUCCCCUUCAAAUCCUGGCUCUCUUCCGUUUCUCCCAACGCCGUUCUCGACACAGACCGCCUGAUCCCGUUCACCCACUGGAUCACCCCGCCCAAUGUACCAAAACGGUUCACCACGCAGAUGUACAUCUAUUUUGUCGACCCCUCGGAGAAGGGCAAUCCCAGCGUCCACGCGACAGCAGAUCAAAUCGAGACCAUGGCGCCAGAGUGGCGGACUGCGAGGGACUGGCUGAGUAUGGCGAGAAGCGGAGACAUCAUCUUGUUUCCGCCGCAGUUCCUGCUGCUGUAUCUGGUCUCAGAGAUCCUUGAUGCACCCGGUGACGGGGAGGGAGAUAUCUUGCGAAAGAGGGAGAUCUUGAAACGACGGAUCGACACCGAAGGCAAACCAGUUCCGUGGAAGGAGAAGUUUAUUUCUCCCAUCGGCAUGAGUUUUGGCGAGGACGGACGAAGCGUGCUCGCGCUGGAUAAGCCGGGUCCCGAGUUGAAGGGCUCGGGAUUGAAGGGGGACGAUGACUAUGUUGUGCUGGUGAAAUUCAACAAAGAGGGGCCAAGGGACGUGGAGAUCGGGCUGAGAAAGGACGUCCUCAAGGAAAGGAGGGAAAAGGGAAUAGAAAAGGCGAGCAAGAUAUAG